AUGGAUAGCUUAAAUUCGGUGGAAUCAAUAUAUCGGGAUUAUGGUAGUGCACCUAGAUAUUAUGAAGCUAAUGAUUCUUUGAGCGCAGAAUCAAAUGAAGAAUCCGACAGCUCUGAAAAGAGAAAAAAAAGUUUAGAUGAGAACAUUAACAAUGAAGAGAAUCAUCGAGUAGAAAAGUAUAUUAAGCUAGAAAGUACCAUCAAAAUAUGGGCAGGAACAAAUGAAAUGAUUCAUUACAAGCAAAAAGAUGCACAUGAGUUGAACAAAAUAAUCUAUAAACAUAAUAACAAAGAUAUUAAUCUCUCAACAAAUUUGAAAGUUUUAAAUAUAAGUGGUAACAAUUUAGAAAAUCUGGACUUCCUUAAUGACCUUAUAAAUUACAUAUACCAGAAAACAAGAAUCCAGACACCAAUUAAUUAUUCGAAUAUUAUUUCAUUGGACAUAUCAUUUAACAACCUGGUCCAAAUACAUGAUAAUUUACUCACAUUAAAUAAGCUCAAAAUUUUAUACUUACAUUCAAAUAAAAUAGAAAACAUUAGCGAAAUUCAUAAACUUAUUUCUUUGCCUAAAUUAAAAAAGCUAACUUUGGGGAAUAACCCAAUUAUGAACCUAUACGGCAAGUUUUAUCGGCCAUUCGUUAUUCAUUACCUACCCCAAAUAAAGUCCCUAGAUUUUCACGACAUCACAAAAAUUGAAAAGAACAAAUCAGAAAUUGCGUUUAACACGCACAAGUAUAAGUUUAACUUGGUGUGA